CACCCCUCUCAGUGGGAGCGGAUGCGCGAGCGGAGAAUGCCUCAGCUUGAUUUCAGUAUUCGGUCUGUCUCAGGAGUUAGUCCUCGCACUGUUUCCGUUGAGAAAACUGAAGCGAAACUACGUGCACAAUGCUGCCUGUAUUUUAUUUUGGUCCUAAAGUGAGUCUUAAUUCGUAAAGGAUGCUGUUUCGUGGGGAAAAGGCGAGGGGCGAGUGUAGCCUGCAAUCUCCGUCGCUCAGUGAGUAACCGGCUGUUUCUGAUUGUGCUUCUACGGAUAUGCUUGCCAGUGCUGCAUGAAUGCUCAGGCGUAUUACCAGGGAUUGCAGUAUUUUGCGAAGUACCUAUCCACUUAGUAGAAAAUGUGCCCACCCAAGACCUGGUGAUUGAUUCCUGUGUUUAAUUGCCUUCUGGAUCGUAACGAAGGUCAAUGGAGAGUUUUGCGCGUUUGUGCGCUCUGGUCCCGUUUUAACACCCAACGGUGUGUUAAUGUGGCUUGCACGCCCCACGGUGAAAUUCUCCACUCCAAGGCUCAUGCAACGUUGAUGCUGGAUAUUUCAGCAACAUUGUUGUAAAAAUGCUGAACAGCGUUUUGUUGCUCAGCGUUUUAACGGUGACCAGUUUCUCAUCGAAGACGGAGAGCCGCAAAACUUCGAAAGAUAUCUGCAAGAAUCGUUGCGCUUGCGAGGAAAAGGAGAAUGUAUUGAACAUUAAUUGUGAAAAUAAAGGAUUUACAACGGUCAGUCAAUUUCAACCUCCUCAAAACAAAAUUUGUCAACUCUUUCUCAACGGCAACUUCCUUUCCAGACUGAAUGCCAACGAAUUUGUAAAUUAUGGAAAUGUCACGUCUCUUCAUCUGGGCAAUAACGGGUUACAGGAGAUUAAAACAGGAGCUUUUAACGGACUGCGUUUUUUAAAACGACUUCAUCUCAACAACAAUAAUUUGGAGAUUAUCAAGGAAGAAACGUUUGCCGGUUUGGAGAGUUUAGAGUAUUUACAGGCAGAUUAUAAUUACAUCAGCGCAAUAGAGGCAGGUGCGUUCAGCAAACUGAAUAAACUCAAAGUCCUGAUUCUAAACGACAACCUUCUGCUCUCUCUCCCUAACAAUGUGUUCCGCUUCGUGCUGUUGACGCAUUUGGAUUUACGGGGUAAUAGGCUAAAGACUCUGCCUUUUGCUGGUGUGCUAGAGCACAUAGGUGGUAUUAUGGAGAUUCAGCUGGAGGAGAACCCGUGGAAUUGCACUUGUGAUCUGAUCCCUUUGAAAGCGUGGCUGGACACGAUCUCAGUCUAUGUAGGAGACAUUGUAUGUGAAACCCCCUUCAGGCUUCAUGGAAAAGACAUUACGCAACUAAUCAAGCAGGAUCUGUGCCCCCGGAGAAACGCUGGAGAUUCCAGUCACCGCGCAAUGCAGCCACCCUCCGACUCUCAAUAUCAGGGCCUCUCCCCUACCCUCCACCCAGGCAUCACCCCUACCCGGGCCCCCAAGUCCUCCCGCCCCCCUAAGAUGAGACACCACCCAACCCCCCGCGUAACAUCCAAUAAAAACAAACAUGUUUUUGGGCCCAUAAUGGUUUACCAGACGAGAUCGCCUGUCCCCAUGACCUGCCCCAGUAUAUGUGUCUGCACCUCACAGAACCCAGAUAGUGGAUUAAACAUCAACUGCCAGGAGCGAAAAUUACACAACAUUACUGAACUGAAUCCCAAGCCCUCGUAUCCAAAGAAGCUACACCUAACAGGUAAUUACUUACAGACCAUAUACAGGACUGAUCUGGCAGAAUACAGCUCGCUGGAGCUGCUCCAUUUAGGGAAUAACAGAAUCGCAAUUAUCCAAGAUGGGGCUUUUGAAAAUCUGGCUAAUCUGAGGAGACUUUACCUCAAUGGCAAUUAUAUAGAGAGUCUCUCUCAAUCCCUAUUUGUGGGGCUGCAGAGCCUGCAGUACUUAUACCUGGAAUACAACGUCAUUAAGGACAUACUACCACAGACUUUUAACUCGCUCCACAACCUGCAGCUGCUGUUCCUGAAUAACAAUCUGUUAAGGUCCCUCCCCGAUAAUGUGUUUGGUGGUACGAUGCUGACCAGGCUCAACCUGAGGAACAACCACUUCUCCCACCUGCCCGUGUGCGGAGUGCUGGACCAGCUCUCUGCCUUCAUCCAGAUCGACCUGCAGGAGAACCCCUGGGACUGCACAUGCAACAUCGUGGCCCUGAAGAACUGGAUGGAGCUGUCCAGCACGAGCGUGGUGGUCAACGAGAUCACGUGCGACUCGCCCUCCAAACACGCCGGGAGGCUGCUCAGGUCCCUGCGCAACGACGCCAUCUGCCCCGAGCCUAACGAGGUCACGGUGACCAAGGCCCCGACCGUCAGCCCCAGCACCGACUCCACACCCUCCUCCUCGGUCACCCCGGCAGACGAGGAGGUCCCCGAGUUGCACCCCGAGGUGCCUUUAUCGGUGCUCAUCCUGGGGCUGCUCGUGGUCUUCAUCCUGUCCGUGUGCUUCGGGGCCGGCCUGUUCGCGUUCGUACUCAAGCGUCGCAAGGGGGUGGAGAGCGUCCCGACCAGCGCCAACAACCUCGAUCUAAACUCCUUCCAGGUGCAAUACGGCUCCUACAACAGCGAGCCCACCACGGACAAAGCCGAGACCCAUGUGUACAACUACAUCCCUCCUCCCGUCGGGCAGAUGUGCCAGAAUCCCAUUUACAUGCAGAAGGACAGCGAGCAGGUGACCUACUACAGGAACCUGAAGGAGCUGAGCUUCAGCACCAUGAACCCCAAGAAGCAGGAGCUGUCUCGCAGCCCCGGGGCGUUCACCAUAAGCACAGUGGACUUUACGGACAAACAAUCGUGUGGCAAUCGAGAGCCCGAGCUGCUUUAUCAGAACAUUGCAGAGAGAGCCAAGGACCUGCCGUCAGCAGGAGCUCUGAACUACACUUUUUGCACUUUACCUAAAAGACCAUUCGUUCCCCCGUACGAGUCGGUGAGACGACACAACCAGGACAGGUUAAAUAAAACCGUUCUCUAUGGGACUCCGAGAAAAUAUUACGCUGAACAAUCAAAAAACGAGCACCCUCUGCUUCCCGGAAAACUAAAAACAGAACCAGACUACCUCGAAGUUCUGGAGAAACAAACUGCAAUGAGUCAGUUGUAAGAUAUGGCCCAACUACUACCACAUUGAUAUGUAUCUAUCUAUGUACUCCACAUUGACAAGUGAAAACAAAGCAACUUAAGCCUUUCUCCUGUUUAUUUUUAAGCUGUAUAAAGGAGUAAAUGUAUAUGCAGUCCAUGUAAUUUUCCUGAGGGUUUAAAUUAUUUUCUUCUACUUGACUUGAAACAAAUAAGACUGUAGCAGGUAUUGCAAGACUAUGUAUAAUACAGCUUUGUGCAUUUUAUAUUUCUAUAUUUUAUUUUCUGUGUGGAGACCAAUAUCCUUUGUAGAUGAGCAGACAUGAACACAUUGAAUCGACAUUCCUGUACAUAAUAGCCUGUUGAUGGUGAGUCUGAAACACAUGGUCAUGGCUCUGUCCACUGCGACCCAUUUAAUCCUGAAGUGCCUUUGCACUCUUGAGUAUUUUAUCGUUGCUUUCUGCAAAUUGAAUUUUUUAUAAGUGAUGUAUUUUAAGAAUCUUUAUGUAAAAUAGAAUUAUUGGUCCAAUUAUUUGUCCAUUACAUUAAACAGAUAUGAAGAGGAUAUGA